AAGAAACGCCGCCAUUUUGACAUUUGUUUGGCUUUUGUGUUCUACAAUUAAAGUUAUCAUGUAAUUACUCGUUACGUGUUAUUAUUCAAUAUAUUUCCGCGAUUGAACUAUUUCACUGAUAAUUUUAGUGAAUAAAAUCCAACGCAUCACUGGGAAUCGCAUGCGUCAAGCUGUGAAAAAAUCGAUAAUGUACCAGUGCCGCUUUUUUACUUUCGCAUUGCAAAUGUUCAUGUUAUAUUAAUAGUUUAUUCAUUAUAGUUGUUUUAAAUGGCACUUACAUUCAUCAUGAAGCUUUUUAAUUGUGUUGUAAUUAGAAUCUGAUAGUGAAAUGUGGUGAAAAGUGUAGUUGGAAAAAGGCGCGAAGUGUAUCGCGCCGAUUGACCACGGAAGUAAAAGAAAUAAAAUAAAUUAAAACAAAGGGACUCUUCCAGUGGGCUAUGUCUAUCCACUUGAGCUGUUUUAAUUAAUUUUCUGCUCAUGCUAAACGUACGGGAUAUGGAGUAAAUAAACUUUCUAAAAAUUAAGUUCAUGUUCAGUCCCCCUCGAAUCUUGCGAUGCGGUUAAGAAGUAGGAAGAGGGAGCGGCCGCUCUCAGGUAAACGGAGUACAAAGGUAACAAGCCUCAAGAAGCCAGUCAAGCCUGUCACCAAGCCACCAAACGCUUGGAAGGCUAUCCUCAAGCGUGAGGUGAAAAAUGUGGUGUCUGAGACACCGCAACUCUGCAUCACUCGGUCUCAGAAACUAAAAACUCGUCCCGUCAGAAUCAAGUUGAACAUGGAGAAACCAUCCGAGACUAUGCACAAGAAGGCCAAGCACAAAGACGAUAACCGCACAAAGAAACCAAUCUUUCAGACUGUAGUACGGAGUUCUACAAAAGAUCCUGUGUCCUCGUCUACUGCAGUGAAAGGAAAGCCACAGAAUGAUAAGAUCACUACUACUUCAAAGACCAAAGAGGUCCGUACAACAAAGAGUGUACAAUUAAGACAUAGUUCGUUGAACCGAGAGCUUAAAAAGACUGAAACUAUAUCUUCAGCAAUGAGUUCUCCUCGCAAGACGAGGCGUAUGGAUAAAACGGACAAAUCAGCUUCAUUAAAUAGCUCUCCAAUUAGGAAGGUCCGUCAAAUUGGUCUGAUUACUCCUAAAGUAACAAAAUCCUCAGUGAGUUCUACGAAUGAGAGUCCGAAAAAGAAGACUAAGAAGGUGCCUGUAGUGCCAGAGUCCAACUGUUACUCUGAAGAUAAUGAUGUGACCAUGUACGAGGCUCAUACAACUACUUUUGUGGACUUUCCAACGCAGAAAUCAGAGGAAUCUGAUUCGGAUGGGCACGUAGAAUCGUCAGAGUUAUGUCUUCCAAAUGAUUGCUUGAAUGAUUUCAUGGCUAUUACGGACUGUGCUAGCUUGAUAAAUGAAGAGUUGCCAGCUACAGAGGAGGAUAUUAACUUCCUUGCGGACAAGGCGGCUAGAGUGAUGACUACGGAGAAGGCUGAGGAGAGGACAUCAAGGACUAACUCAGUGGACAAGCGAGUGAUGAAACGCAGGAAGUCCAGCAAUGACUUGGAGAUGUACCAGCCUACGUCCACUACUGACGAUUUGGAUAAUUGUCCCGACUUCUUGACUAAUGGAGAGAAAUAUGUGCAGCCGGACUUCGUAACGAUGCUAGAGCAGGACGGCUACGUCAGAGACUCUGAGUGCGAGAUAUCUUCAACCUGUGACACACAGGGCACCGCUAUAGAGAGCUUAGAGGCACUGUCUGCGAGGAGCCCCAGCUCAGGGUUCCUGGCGGAGAUCAGCCAGAGCUUGGCGGCUGAGGCUGCUGGAUGGAACGGGACGGACAUCUCGGCGGACGAUCCCGCGCUUGCCUGCCACGACGAGCAGUCACCGACAGACAUAGAGGAGGAAGCUGGCGACGUGAUAUCGUCGUGCAGCAACCGCGUGGAUUGCGAGCAGAUGUCCACCUGGGACGCCUUCGACCCGUACCUUUUUAUAAAACAGCUGCCGCCAUUGGAGACGGUGGCGACCGGAGCUCUACGGGCGCGGUACCCCGCCCUGCCACUCAAAACUAGAACUAGCCCCGAUUUCAGUCUUGUCCUCGACCUGGACGAGACGUUGGUGCACUGCUCGCUGCAGGAGUUGCCCGACGCCAGCUUCAACUUCCCCGUACUGUUCCAGGACUGCCGAUAUACUGUAUUCGUCCGCACUCGCCCCCAUUUCGCGGAGUUCCUGUCGCGCGUGUCGCGACUGUACGAGGUGAUAUUGUUCACUGCCAGCAAGCGAGUCUAUGCCGACAGACUGCUCAACCUGCUCGACCCGUCGCGGCGGUGGAUUAAAUACAGACUAUUCCGCGAGCACUGCCUGCUGGUGAACGGUAACUACGUGAAGGAUCUCUCCAUCCUCGGCCGCGACCUGCGCAAGACUGUCAUCGUCGACAACAGCCCACAGGCGUUCGGCUACCAGCUCGAGAACGGUAUCCCGAUCGACAGUUGGUUCGUGGACCGCAGCGACAACGAACUGCUCAAGCUACUGCCCUUCCUCGAACAUCUCGCUACUAAAGACGACGUACGUCCGUACAUAAGAGACAAAUACAAACUGUUCAGCUACCUGCCGCCGGACUAAGGAGCCCCCAACACACUGUACACACAUUUAGGAGAAUACCACAAGCAAACGGACAUACAAUAUAAAGGUAUGCUUUACAUUUUGUAAGCAUAAAAUUUAAAAACCUAUUUUUAAAGUAUCUGAUCAAAUUGCAAUUAGAUUAACUUACAGAUAUCUGUCAGUUAGACUAGUAAAUAUGGACACCUGAACUCUAAAAGGAAGUUUAACGCAAAAAUCAACCAAUCUUUUAACCAUGUCUGCCUUAUCAAUUAUUAUGUUUUCGGUUUAACUCACGUAGUAAUUUGACGAGGAACUCGACUAGUAGUCGCCGAG